AUGUCUCAACGCUUGUCGCCGGCUAUAGAAAAACCCAUUGUGGUUUCCCGCACAGCUCGUAGUCGGUCGCCUAUUCGCUCUCCGGUACCCUUCCAACGUUUGUCGAAACCGUCAGGGAGAUCUCCCUACGGGGAUCAGCUCUACACUACGGAGCCUUCUCACCCACAGCAACGACCAGACCAUGAGGAGCGAGUAUCGGUUGGCGAUCAUUCGCCUUUUUCGAUUCCAGAGAAGGCACAUUUGGAACCUCAAACAAGUGGAACCAGGGUUAGUGGCAAAAUCCCAACUCAACCGAAAAACCACAGCGCAAGUCCAGUUCCCCUGCCGCCGUCAGGACCUUCUCAAGGACCGAGACCGCCGUCUAAUCAACAUCGCGGUCCUUCCCAUGUGUCUUUACUAUCAGCGCCGACUCGCCCUCGCCGCGGACCUGGCCCACGGGAAAAUUGGACGGGGUCUCCGCCGGUACGCCGCGGACCUGCUGCAACACCGCAGGCCCCACCAGCAGGUCCUCGUGCUUCUUUUUCAUCCCCUGUACCAGGUGGCAGUUACCGACAUCCGAAUUCCCGGCAAUCCACCGCUCCACCUGUAACUCAACCAUUGGCCCAGAGGGGUCCAAAUCACCUUACGGGGCUAUGUACCAUCAUACCAGAAGGUCGGAGUCUUCCGUCGCUUCUGGAUCCUGCUGUGGAGAAGCGGCUGUUUCAGCUUGAUGUCGAUAAAGAGAGACUCCUUGAGCAGAUCGCAGACACGCAGAGGUCCAAACGAGCGGAACUUCGAGACUGGGAUCGACUCGAUCGCGAAAGCUCAAUCUGCGCACUGAAGAGUGAGCUAGCUGAAGGCCAUCUCCAGCGAAUGGCCGAUGAAAGUAUUGGGGGCGCAAAUUUGUUCUAG